AACAUGUUUUUCAGAAGUCGGGCAUGUACGUUUGUCAAACGCGUUCUGAACGAAAUCCCUUUGGCCAGUUGUCACACUCACAGCAGUUUUCAGGGUGCGUCAAGAUAUCACGAUCAGAUAGAAACUUCUUUCAUAUGUAGAAUGACAGCAAUGCACGAAGUUUUUUUCUGGUUUUUGUUGAAUAUCUCAGGAUUGAAAUUGAAUUUUGAGGAUCUAUGAAGGUCAAAAGAUAAAGGAUUGAAAGCUGCACAAAAUGGCGUUUUUAAGAAAACUCAAUCUGGCCCAAAAUUGACGUGAGAUUUUAUUUUGUGUGAUACAGAUUUGUACUGAAUUUUUUUUAAAGACGGGGACAAAUUUUCUUUGAUUUUUUAUGCAUUUCUGCUUUUGCUAAUAGAACAUUUAUUUCAUUAUCAGUUUGAUUUUAAGAUGAUAUUUGAUUAGUUUUACAGGUUUGCAUCAUUGCAAAGUUGAUUUUAAACUCCUUAAAUAGUCUAUCUAUGAAUCACGUGGACCCUUUUUUUGAUAUCUUAGACCCCGCUUCAUGGAAAAUUGUCCAUAGAAAAAAACUUUUUUGAAUGAAGCGUGAACAAUUUUUAGUUUCUAGCAAAGAUGAUCUGUGUUAGAAUGAUUUCAUCAAAUGAAAAUCUUUUGACGUUUUUCAAGAACACUGGUUGGAGACCAUGGUUAUUCUCUCACACACAAGGGUGCAAGAAGAUUCGAAUUGAUCCUGAUGAGUUAUUAGCAAUACUAUGCAAAGUAAUCGGCUUAUAUUCUUGAAAGUAUAGAAGGGGUAUAUAAAACGUAUUGAAAGGGGUAUAUCAAACUUGGACAAUUUUGGGCGAGACCAGCGCCACCUGACGGAAAAUACUGAAGCGAUGAUUUCCCCCACACAUUUUCACGAUUUUCCUUAUAUAAACUUCAAUGAUAAAAAGCGACCCUUAAACCUUAACCGAUUCGGCUAAAAAUUUGUCCAGAUACUUUAUUUUGCCUAAGGAAUCGAUUCAGAUAUUAUGUUAUGUUUUUUAUUGUCACCCUAAUGACCAUUGACCAUGCGCUUCCAUUUGGAUGUGAAAACAAGUAUUUUCUAAAAAAAACUGUUUAUACCAAAAGAAUAUUUGCAAAAUUUUGGAUUUUAAUUCAUGCAAAUUUUGUCCUUUGAAAAAAUACUAGGCAAAUAUAAUGAUUAAAAGUUCUAGCAAAGUACAAAUCAAGUUUACACCAACAAGUCUGCUCAGCCCACUGCCUCACUCACUUAACAGGGCAGGUAUUUUCUCUUUACCCAUCAGCCCCAUACCUCCACAGCACAACAUAAUUUCAAGCCAUCAUGUGGUAUAGAGCACGAGGAUGACGAGAGUCUGCAGAUGGUGAGACGAUAUGAGAUGCGAGGGAGUUUUUCCCUCAUUUCGCUCUCAGCGCUUUUUUUUUUCUUUUCCUCCUCUGUUGCUACCAGCAGCCUCAGCAUCAGCAGCAUCAACCGAAGAGACCGACCUUUCUCGAGUGGAACCGACAAAUGAGUAUCCACACCACAGAAUUCACCCAACCACCCACAGCAUCGUCGGAGGCAGCUCAGCAUCCUUAGUCGGUUCGGUUUGGUCCUGGUGUGCUGUUCGGUGCUUCUUCAGUCUGAUUUCUGAGGUUCGCUGUGACGGAUGUUCUUUCCCAAGGAAAAACGGAUUUCCGGGCUUCGGGGCGGAUAAGUGCCAAUCGGUUAGCCGUCUUCGCCCGUUGUCAUCAACGGUGUGAGUGUGUUUUGUCUGUGCUGAGGCGGCUGUCUCUUCCAGCAUGUAAUUUGCUCAAGUGGUUAGCUGGUGGAAAACUUAUUUCCCUCGCUGGUGCUUGGAGUGGAUUUUGGUGACGCGGUGGUGGACUUUCGUAAUCGUAAUCCGGGCAGGAUGAAGACGAAGAUUUCCCAUCUUUUUACGGUUAUGACGAUUGUCUGACGACAACAACCUCCCAAUCGGAAGGAAUCGCUCAAGAGUUUGAGAAUGAUUGUGAUGGGUUUCGAAGUGGUUGCUUGCUGGCAGGUUACCUGGUCUUUGGGCGCGGGUAAUUUUGAAGCAAAGUGAGUGGAUUGAGAGGCGAACUAAUUCAUAGUGAAUAUAACUGACAAGUGCUCAAAUUGAAUCUCACCCAAACAGAGUGAAUGGAACGGUGAAUAAAGGAAAGAGUGAUGUACUCGAUGUACCGGGAAAUGAUCGUUGUUGAGAGAGCAUAGAGUGCAACAAAAAGUGCGGGAGUAUAUUUUUCGAAGCAACGGAAGCGAUAAUUGGUUCGGAAGUAGCCUAGGGGGAAAACAGUAAGUGGCGUUUGAUGGAUGCUGAUAGAAUUGAUUUAAUUUGUGCAGUGAAUUUAAUGAUGGUAGAUUUGGGUACUUUGUAGGUCAAGUGUGGAGCGAAAAAAUAUUGAUCUGGAUUUUAAAGUGGAAAUUGAAAGUGUUUUGAUUAAGAGAAAGCAUCAUCUAUGUUUGGUGCCUAACAAGUAAACAAUAGGCCAUCGUUCGGAUUUGAUCACAGCAUCGCCACCAUACCCCCACGUGGAAGAUCACCGAACUCUGACUCCAACAGCAGCAGGAGAAUCGUAAAAGUUUAGUCAGGAGCCCAACCCUCGUCACCACACUUGAUCCGCUGAGCUAAAAAGUUGUUCUGUCGCUUUGCCGCUGCAGGCAAAACUGCCAAAAGUGUGAAAUCAUUAAUUGUACAUAAGUAUAUAGAGCGAGUAGUUAUCCGUAAUCCCCAGUAUCAAAUAGUUGGAGAAAAAAUGUCAAAGUUACAACAAAGUGCGACAGUUGGUAAUUGAAAAGGUAACAACGGUAAAGUUUUACAAAUUCCAACUCUCACUCGUUACCCCCACCUCGGUUGAACUGGUUCAAUUUCGAUAAGGAAAUUUACUGACUUGAGGUACACUUUAGAUGUGCAGAGUGAAGUAAAGUGCUGCAAUUAGUGGUCUCAAAUAGCACCCAAGGAAGAAGAAACCCAACGAGAUGACCAACCGGAGGAGUUGCUGUCUUAGGUGGCGGCACUAGUCAGAGAACAAGGGUUGCUCGCAACAUACCACGAGCGUGGUCCAGAACAUCGGCUGUUGGUUUUACCGGUCUAUGGUUUUGCCAAAGCUCCGCCACCACCAUGAUGGAUGUGCGUGGUCUUCUGAAAGCUGCCUGCUUGCUGUACAUACUUAGAGGUGUCAUCCUGCUGGAUCUUCAGGGACCGUUAUUUCUCAGCGAACCGCUGCAUCGCAUCGAGUUUUCCAACAAUUCUGGAACUCACAUCGAGUGUACAGGUCAUGGAAGUCCACCACCCGAUGUGGAGUGGUCGGUAGCGACAACCAAUCACGAGCUGGUGUACGCAUCGCCAAACGGAAGUCUGAUUUUUUAUCCCUUCACGGCGGAUAAGUUCCGCCACGAGAUUCACUCCACAGUUUAUAGAUGUAAAUUAAAAAACUUAGUCGGUACUAUUUUGAGUCGCGAGGUGCACGUGAAAGGAGGUAAGUUUUUCUUUUCCUGUACCAACCACAUAACCAUGCCACACAAUCAACUUCAUCUCCGCGGUGUUGAGUUCGCGCGGAAAGGACGACGGGAUUCCAAUUUUCUUCUCACUCGGUGAACCUCCUCGCGGAAAGUUGCUUCUCCCCCCUCCUUUUUUCGUUCGAUGUCGUCACCAUUGUUGCAUCGCGUGGUUCUACCGGAGGAGGAGCCUUUGGGGCCCCUAAAGUUGCAAAAGUUGU